AAAAAAAAUCAAUACACAAAAGCAUAUUUUUUUCUUGGUUGUGGUAAUAACCAAUACACUCGUCUGGGCUACUGAGUUAUGCAAGUCAGUGUAUAUCUGCCCGUACCACGCGACCCCGUACUAGUCGAUGAUCGCAGACCAAUUAUGCCGACCAGCGAUGUUAUACACCUCGAAUCAGAUGUAACUGGAGGGAAUUGACUACACAUCACCCGCUGAACGCUCGGCCAAGUCGCACGGAGGAUUUUUCUACGGGAGCCGUGACAUUCGCAGAGACCCGCCCAGUUUUCUCUCACUUCCUGCUGUCUUCUCCUCGUUGUUGCUGUUGUUCGCCUUGGGACAGUCGUACGGUCGUCGGCAUGGCGUUGGACUGCUUUCUGGGUAAAUGGAGAGAGGAGACUAAAGACGGGUUUGACGAUCUGGCAGAGGCUAUAGGCCUACCAGGCGACAAAAAGGAAUUCUACAAAUCAGCUAAAACUGAGAUUUCCUACACAAAAGAUGGCGAACUUUGGACAAUCAACGUGGGCUACACUGGCGUCCCUAACGGUCGUGUAUUUAAAUUCAAGCUCGGCGAACCGUAUGAUUCCGCCAACCUUGACGGGUCUCCGAUGAAGAGUGUGAUAACAGCAGACGGCUCCAAAUUUUUAGAAAAACAUACCGGUACAGCCUUAAACCAGGCGCAGAUGGACAUUGAGCGAUGGGUGGAAGGAGACACUAUGAUACUUAAAUGCCACUGCAAGGGUGUAACUAUGAUAUCACACUACAAGCGAGUCUGAUAACUGUUUGUUGGAAAUGUGCUCAAACGUCAUUGGCUGAUUGUUGACUUUAAGGAGAAUUUGUUGAUGUUGUAUGCAUGGCUGUUGUGACAGUACAAAGGCUAUAAACACGAUUCGACGUGUAGAUAACAGCUUGUUAACUAUAAGGAAAAUGCCUCCACUUGGCUAAAAUGUUCGUAGUAUGGCGAACUAGCUUUGGUUAACUUCAAAACUUCAAGAAUUUGAAUGUUGUCGUUAUACUUAAGGUUUGGAAAAGAUUUUAAAUCAAAAUCUUACACUGUUGUAAAUGCUUUUUGUGAAUAAAGCGAAAUAUGUAUUAAGACGCAAUGCUUGCAGAUUAUACCUUUAACACGUUUUAAAAAGUAUUUGUCUUUGUAAAGAUCUAGAAAAAAGACAUUUGUCUAAACAUUUUACACACUAAAAUGUUGCUAUUAAUGUAUCUUUUUCCAAGCAAGAGGUUUUGCUUUAUUUAUUUUUUACAAUUAAUUAUGAUCAAAUUAGUAUCUGUCUUUAAUAAUUUGAUUAUGUGCUGAAUCCAACGUGACAAUAAAGCUGUAUUAAAAAGUUUUAUUACAAA